CUGGCCAGUCUCUACAACUGCCAAACUGAAUUUCUCUCAGGAUGAGUUCCUCUUUACAGCUUCUCCCAAGAAUAUCUGGGGUGAACGCAGACAUAGACUUUAAGCUGUUGGACUCUGACUUCAUAAUUUAUAUACUCUGUCCGUAGAUAUAAAAUACGCUCCACGACUGACAUGCAAAGGCAAAACCAAAGCUCUGUGGUUGACUUCAUCCUCUUGGGCUUUUCUAACUUUCCCGAACUCCAAGGGCAGCUCUUUGGGAUUUUCUUGGUUAUUUAUCUGGUGACCUUGGUAGGAAAUGCCGUCAUUAUCGUCAUCAUCUCCCUGGAACGGAGCCUCCACGUCCCCAUGUACCUGUUCCUCCUGAACUUGUCUGUGGUGGACUUGAGUAUCAGUGCCGUCAUCACGCCUGAAAUGCUGCUGGUCCUCUCCACCGAGAAAACAUCGAUUUCAUUUGGGAGAUGUUUCGCACAGAUGUAUUUCCUUCUUCUUUUUGGUGGCACUGAAUGUUUUCUCCUGGGAGCAAUGGCUUAUGACCGAUUUGCUGCAAUCUGCCAUCCUCUGAGCUACCCAAUGCUCAUGAACAGAAGGGUUUUCAUGAAGUUAGUUAUAUGCUCAUGGGCCUUGGGUUUCAUGUUAGGAACUGUGCAAACAUCAUGGGUUUUUAGUUUUCCCUUUUGUGGCCCCAAUGAAAUCAAUCACAUCUCUUGUGAAACCCCAGCCGUGCUGGAGCUUGCAUGUGCAGACACAUUUUUGUUUGAAAUAUACGCAUUCACUGGCACUGUUUUGAUUAUCAUGGUUCCUUUCUUGCUGAUACUCCUGUCUUACCUUCGAAUCCUCCUUGCCGUCCUGAAGAUGCCACCCACCACAGGGAGGCAGAAGGCCUUUUCCACCUGUGGCUCCCAUCUGACGUCUGUUACCCUCUUCUAUGGCACAGCCAGUAUGACGUACUUACAGCCCAAAUCUGGCUACUCCCCAGACACCAAGAAGCUCAUGUCCUUGGCUUACUCACUUCUCACACCUCUGCUGAACCCCCUGAUCUACAGCUUGAGGAGCAGUGAGCUGAAGAGAGCUUUGAUGAGGUUGUGGCGAGGAAAAGUGGACUUAUACACCUUCUGACUGUGUUGGGAACCUAUGUGAUAAUUGGUUAU